GUUGAUGUUACAGUAACUUCAUUGCUUCGACAAGAUGUACACCAACGCAUUUCUCUUCACUGUGUUUCUUCUCGUAACUUCAGCCGGGGAUGCAAGCGUAAUUUCAGUGCAAACGUGCGAUGUAUGUGACCUUUAUGACGUCAGUGCAACUACAGCGGAUACCGUUGCUCGUAUUUCAGAGAAUAUAGACUUGAUAAGAAAUGAAAUCGGGCAGUUGAAAUCAAAAGAAUGUGCGACAAAUAUACAACCCGUCUGCACUACUCGACAAGGACUAGUGUCCAAUACGGGCGAUGACGACCCGUCCCAGGUCACGUGUUUGGAAGAUGAGGUAAUGACUGGAUGUAGCAGUCUUCUGCAAGGCGGUGGACACGAUUCAAGGGAUGGUGAAAAAAUUGUGUUUUCCGUACAGGGACGCGCCACUUGUGUGGCAUACAAUGGUGUUGGAGGGGCUGGAGUGCGAGCAUUUGCACGUUGCUGUACAUGGCCUGAUAUGACGUGCUAUUACCCCAAGUCUGAAAAAUCCGAAAGACAAGACGACGCUAUAGCUGAAACAGUAUGUGAUCAUUGGUUCAACCGGCGUCCUACAAUUCCCACAGGAUGCAUGGCGUAUACUCCAUGGACAUGUAUAGAUGGUGCACGCCCUGUAGGAGACCAAUCAGAAGAAACUACUAGCCCCAUAACAAGGAACGCGUGUCAGGCAAUUAACGGCUAUUGUGGUGCAGGGGUAUACUCCUACGCUGCGUGUUGCAGCGCCCCUGACCUUGAAUGUGGGGUCAAGUAUUCCACAAAGAGUGGUGUUGAUAUUGGGGACAUAGCGGAAGUCUGGUGUGACGAAGGGUGGACAUUAACUGGGUGUAACAGCUACACUGCAUGGGUUGGUAAUCAUGGAGCAUAUAUUGAGGAUGACACCUGCAAAGCUGUUAACGGUAACGGUGGUGGUACGUGGGCUGUGGCCACGUGUUGUAGAGGGCAACAUCAUUGAUGAACCCAGUAUACAAUCAAUCAACCUGUGUUUGCAUGACAACUAUUACAAUACACGCUGUUCUAUAAAUAUACGACAUGUUACAAGCUAAUAAAUUCUUCAUUUAUGUCUUUAUGCUAAUUAGUUAUUAGGUAUUUUCUAUUUUGAAAUUAAUACGAUUUCUGCUUGCCAGUUCGAUUUUGUGUUAUAUAUAUGUUUUGUUCUGGCUCCACUGUGUUCUAAUGAUCGGUUGUCCCAUAUGUACACUGCCACCGUGUCAAUAUUCUGGUAUUUGUUCAAAAAACUUGAAACACAAUUGUCUCAGAUUCAGAAUUUUAUCUGGUUAAUCUUCCCCUGAAGUUAGGUUUCUGGCUGAUGGCAGAUUGAAAUGUACAUAAUUAUAUUUAAUUAGUUGUAUAAUUCCUGGGAAACCAAAAGGUUUCUUUAAUGAACGUGAAAUGCAUGUAUGUAAUUUGAUGUCUCGUAUCAUAUAAAGAGUUUAUUAACAUUUAUUAUA